AUGCCCAUCACCUUGCUCGGCCUAAGUGACGAUCUUCUGGCAGAAAUCGCCUACUGGGGUGACGAUGAUCUAACUCCCAAUCCUCCAAGGUUCACCCCGCAUCACCUCAUUCCACCUUCUAGUAUCAAAACUCACACCUAUGGCGAUCUUCUCAGUUUUCGAGCAACUUGUCGUCGUAUAAGAGCAAUCUGUAAGGUCAAGCCAACGAAUGUAGUGAUCAAACGAUUCUCGCAGAUGCAGAACUGGUUAGAACGUGCACCUAUGGCUGUAACAUUACACGUCAGACAUAUGGUCAUCGAUUGCGAAGCCGAUAUUUCCCCAUACAUCAACCCCGACCCCUUUUCGGGACGUGACAAGAUCGCUGUCCGAAAGCGUAUGGCGUACCUUCACCAAGUUCCUCUCAAGAUUUAUCUCUCUUGA